AACAGCAGUGGUUCCGUAGACGAGAAUCAAAUCAAUCAACGCGCGGAGCUGACUGCACUCUGGGACGUGUUGACAAGACUGCAAUGGACGGAAAAAGCUCUCAUCGUCGCCGAUUCAACAUAUACCAUCGGGGCGGUAAAGUUCUGGCAUACGAGACAAAAGAUUAGAAGCUGGAAGAAACCUCAAGGAAUUUCCUUCGCGAACAUGGACCUCAUCGAAGCAAUCGUCGAGAUUCUGAGGCGGCGCAGGAAAGCAGGCGGGAUAACAGACUUUUGCUGGGUCAAAGGUCACUCGGGUGAUGCAGGCAACGAUGUAGCCGACAGACUGGCCUCAUUUGCUGCACACCGCGCAUUUGAGAGACUGCAUGGUGAGCCGUACCGCAACGAACCGCGGAGUCUUUCGCAUUGCUGGAAUGCCGCUCCACCCGGGUGGAGGGUGAUCAAACUCCCGAAUGGCGACGAAGAUAUUGUGAGAAUUGAUAAGAAGGCGAAGCGACCGGCGAAGCGACAGGCUGCUCACAACAAGAAGGGCGCGCGCGUAGCGGAUGGGCAUGCUCGGAAAUACGCGGCGGAGAGAAUCGCACUUAGGCGUUCUCGCAUAGAGGCAUCCGAUAAUUAG